CGCGACGGUUCAACCUCCAACACAUUGAGAGCUGCAGGUCUCACCUCACACGAUCCGCUGAUUAUGAAUGGAUAAGAAAAUGUAUCCAUGCCACAAACAAGCAAAGAAACACACAUGACCCAAGACAAAUCCAGAACCCGCUUCCUGGAACCCUCACUCUCGGCAUUCCAUGCACCCCUCCCGGGCCUUUCGGGGCCCGGAGCCCGGGGCGAGGGUCCACCUCAACCCACCUCCUCCUCUUCGGCGGCCAACCCGCCCGAGAAGCCCCUUUCAUCCUCAUCAAUCUCCAUGCCGUCCCUGAUCUCCCCGCCUACAACCACCACCAACCCUCGCCGCGGCAUCACCACCACCACCAAGUCCACCACCAUCCCCAUCCCCAUCAGCUCCACCACCAUCCCCAGCCACGGACUCGGCAUCUCCAGCCUGUCUUCUCCUCCCUUCCAAGAUCAACAGCAACAAGGCCAACAACCCCAACCGCCACUUGUCCUACCCCCGUUGACCCUCCGCCGCGAGUCGUCCACGCGCGCGACCGAUAGGACGGACGCGCUGUGGGCCGAGAUGCAGGCCACGCUGGAGGCGGUCGAGCUGUCAGCCGGCGGCGACAACAGCUCCAACGCCACCGCCAACGGCGGCGGCGGCGGCCACAACCCACGCAUCUUCAGCCCCGAGCACGAGAGCAAGCUGGACGAGCUGCGCGCGGCACAGAUUGCGCUCGCGCAGGCGUGGGCGAGGAGUGAGGCAGACGAGGCCAUUGAGACUGUUGGCGGCGGCGGGGCGGGAGAGGCUGCCGGUGGUGGUGCUGGUGGUGCUGUGUCGGUCGGGACAGGGGUUGGCAAGAGUGACGGUGGUGCCGGUGUUACUGGUGGUGGUGGGGUUGGUACGGAGGCGGGGACAAGGAGUGCCAAGGCUACGACGGUCGGCACGGGGAGUGCGGCGGCGGCGGCUACGGCGGCGGGGAAUGCUAGGCCUGGGAGUAGCAGUGGAGCUGGACAGGAGAAUCUGGGGGCUAGGCUGGAGGAGGAAACCGAGGUGGAUAUCCUGCUCGCAAGAAAGCGCAGGGAGGCGAAUGAUCGGUAUUUUCAGAGGGUGAGUCAGGGGGUGCUGGAUGUGGUGGCCAAGUUGGAGGAGGUCGCUACUGCUAUGCGGGCUGUUGAGCAGGAGAGCAAGGAGCUCUGGGCGGAUGAGAAUGAAAGUGCUCCGGGGAGCGCGAAGCCGUAGGCCCAAGAAACGGACUUAGGGAGGUUAUUGUAUAGGUUACUAGGACCGAGAUAACUGGUAUUUCCGGCGUUGGAUGGUUUCGAGUUUCGACAUAGCGGGCAACCACUUCGGGUGGUCCUAGCCUCAGCAUUGCUAUGGUGUUUCAUGGCGUUUUAUAGGAAUUCGAAGAGAGUCAAGCAGCCUGCUACAUAUAGCCUUGUAAUGGAUUACGGUAGUGGUCUUGCAAAUUUUCAGCACG